AUGAACGCCGAAGAACUACCACUACAGGCACAGCAAUAUCCAACAGCUUCUGUGAAUCGCGUUGCCGUCAAGUUGCCACCUUUCUGGUCCGAAAGACCGAGCUUAUGGUUCUCACAGGUUGACUCGCAGUUUGCAAUCUCGGGAAUAACAAGUGAGGAAACAAAAUUUAAUUAUGUUGUGGCUCAGCUUGAUACGCGUUACGCCGCCGAAGUAGAGGAUAUUAUUACUAACCCACCGCCUACUGAACGCUACAAACAUCUACGCGCAAAACUUGUUGAACGGUUGUCUAUCUCAGAAGAACAACGUGUGCGGCAACUCAUCAAUGAAGAAGAACUAGGUGACCGUAAGCCAUCACAGUUCUUACGACAUCUCCGUUCCCUUGCCGGCACUACUACAUUACAAGACAAUAUUUUACGUCAACUUUGGCUCCGCCGUCUACCAUCACAUGCACAAGCUAUUUUAACCGCACAAUCAGAGCUUCCUCUGGAUAAGGUAGCCGAGCUGGCUGACAAAAUUGUUGAAGUGCAGCCAGCCCCCUCGCAAUUCGUCCAUGCUGUUGCCACGACGAACAAUAAAAAGGAACUCGAUGUUUUAGCUGCCAUUGAAGCACUCACAAAACAGGUAAGCGAAUUAUGUGCUAAACGCCCGCAACGUUCCCGCUCUAGGUCACGUAACCGUUCAAACGUGGAACUGACUAACGGCAAAGGAUGGUGUUGGUAUCAUAGCACUUAUGGAGAAAAGGCUGCCAAAUGUAAGGCUCCCUGCAAGUAUCAGGAAAACUCCAACGACAGUCAGUAG